UCUCUCGGGAGGACGGAUGGGAUUAGGUCCCAUCAUGGCGGCUGAAGAAGCGGAUGUGGAUAUCGAAGGGGACGUGGUGCCAGCCGCGGCACAGCCAGGAAGUGAUGAAAAUACAGCAUCUGUUUUACAAGAUCACUAUCUUGAUUCAUCGUGGAGAAGUGAGAAUGGUCUUAUUCCUUGGACUCUGGAUAGCACCAUCAGUGAAGAGAACAGAGCUGUCAUUGAGAAGAUGUUGUUGGAAGAAGAGUAUUACUUAUCUAAAAAAUCACUUCCAGAAAAAUUCUGGCUUGAUCAAAAGGAAGAUGAUAAAAAAUACAUGAAGAGUCUACAGAAAACAGCAAAAAUCAUGGCACACUCUCCUACAAAACCAGCCAGUUACUCAGUAAAGUGGAAGAUAGAAGAAAAAGAGCUGUUUGAACAAGGGCUGGCUAAAUUUGGCCGAAGGUGGACUAAAAUUGCAAAGCUAAUUGGAAGUCGCACUGUUUUACAAGUUAAGAGUUAUGCCAGGCAGUACUUUAAAAAUAAGGUAAAGUUAGAUGGUCCAGAGAAGGAAACACCAAAUCAGAAGAGCAGCAGUGACCUUCAGAUUAAAAAUGAAGAUGAGGGCACAAAGGCAUGGACGCCAUCAGGUUUAAGGGGACGUGCUGAUCCCAACUUGAAUGCUAUAAAAAUUGAAAAGUUAUCUGAUGAUGAAGAAGUAGACAUCACAGAUGAGGCAGAUGACUUGACUUCUCAAGCUCCCCAAAAGAAUCCUAGCAAUGAUGACUUACUAAACAUUCCUAAUAGUAAAAGUCAUGAAACCAGUCAAGGGGAAUUUAUUGCUCUCAACCAGGAAGAUUCUGUAUCUCAAUCUUCCAAGGAGUAUUUUCAGAAUAUAAAGCAGGGAGAGAUGGAAGCACUUUCAAGCUCAGGAAGUAAAUUUUGGACUGAAAAACAGAGCAUUAGUGACAAAAAAUCAGUUGAGUUAAAUGAUCAGAAAUGUAAUAAACUGAUGAAAAACUCUGAAAAACAUGAUGGAAAUGGAAUAAUAGAUGCUGCCAGGCCAUUGCCUUCUCCAGAGCCUUGUGAAGUUCACAAAGACUUGAGUGAUACUGAAGUGCUUUUUCAUUCUUCCUGUCAAAUGGAGGAGAGCCAUGAGGAAGAAGAGCUGAAGCCACCAGAACAAGAAGUAGAAAUAGAUAGAAAUAACAUUCAAGAAGAAGAAAAACAAGCAAUUCCUGAGUUUUUUGAGGGGCGCCAAGCUAAAACACCAGAACGCUAUUUGAAAAUUAGGAAUUACAUUUUGGAUCAGUGGGAGAUAUGCAAACCGAAAUACUUAAAUAAGACCUCAGUACGUCCUGGCCUGAAGAACUGUGGGGAUGUUAAUUGUAUUGGACGGAUUCAUACAUACCUCGAGUUGAUAGGAGCAAUCAAUUUUGGAUGUGAACAGGCUGUGUACAACAGGCCACAACCAGUUGACAAAGGACGAGUCAGAGACCGAAAAGCUACAGGGGAAGCAUACCGGCUUGCACGGCGCCUGCAGUCUGCGCGCACAAGGAGACGUAGGGUCCGAGACCCAUGGGGAAAUUGGUGCGAUGCAAAAGACUUAGAAGGACAAACCUUUGAGCAUCUCUCUGCUGAGGAAUUGGCAAGAAGAAAAGAGGAAAAAUGUAAACCUGUUAAAUCCUCAAAAGUACCAAGACCAACAAAAAGCUCAUUUGAUCCCUUCCAACUGAUACCUUGUAAUUUUUUCAGUGAAGAAAAGCAGGAGCCAUUUCAGGUGAAAGUGGCUUCAGAAGCACUUUUAAUAAUGGAUUUGCAUGCUCAUGUUUCUAUGGCAGAAGUGAUUGGUCUAUUAGGAGGAAGAUACUCAGAAGUUGAUAAGAUAGUUGAAGUCUGUGCAGCAGAGCCAUGUAACAGUCUGAGUACAGGACUGCAGUGUGAGAUGGAUCCUGUCUCACAAACACAGGCCUCAGAGACCUUGGCUGUGAGAGGCUAUAGUGUUAUUGGAUGGUAUCAUUCUCAUCCCGCCUUUGAUCCAAAUCCUUCCUUACGGGAUAUUGACACUCAAGCCAAAUACCAGAGUUACUUCUCCAGAGGUGGUGCAAAGUUCAUUGGAAUGAUUGUUAGUCCUUAUAAUCAGAGCAAUCCUUUACCUUAUUCCCAGAUUACCUGCCUGGUUAUAAGUGAUGAAAUUAGCUCAGAUGGCUCUUACCGUUUACCUUACAAAUUUGAAGUACAACAGAUGCUGGAAGAACCUCAGUGGGGAUUAGUGUUUGAAAAGACAAGAUGGAUAAUAGAAAAAUAUCGGUUAUCCCAUAGCAGUGUCCCUAUGGAUAAAAUCUUUCGCCGGGAUUCUGACCUGACUUGUUUGCAGAAACUUUUGGAGUGUCUGAGGAAAACUCUGAGCAAAGUGACUAAUUGCUUCAUUGCUGAAGAAUUCUUAACUCAAAUAGAAAAUUUAUUCCUUUCCACUUAUAAAAGCAAGCAAGAGAAUGGAGUGGCUGAAGAGAACUGUGCUGUGGGUCCAAAGGAAUUGUUAAUGUAAUUAUUUUAAAGGAAGACCUUCUAAUCUUGACACAGUAGAUCCUUCUUGAAAUUAUUGUAAUUUAGCUAAUAGUGGCACAACUUUAAUAUUUUUUCUCUAGUUCACAAAAUCCGAACUUUGCCACAUAAAUCCUGUGACACUUGUUUUCACACAGUGAUUGUCAGAGUGUGGUGUGAAGCAGGGUCUGCUGCAGUUUGCGGUCCCUCCCUGGCCAGUGAGCGCUGUAGGAGACUGAGGGGCUGUCUGCUUUUUUGUUGUAUUCAGGUUGAUAAAUGCAAUAUCUCUAAUAUUUAUUUCUCCCCAAACUAGUCAUUCUACUCUUGGUACCUCACAUCUGUGUCUCAUUAGGAGCACUUCCAUUUUUUCCAUGUCUUUUGAUGAGAUUUUGUUUAUGGUUGCAAAUGAGAUGUGGAUGGAUGGUCACUGGGGUAAUGAACAUGGUUGAGAACUAGUCGUGUAAUAAAUCUAACAACACGCUGUAGGAGGCCAGGGGAGGCCUAAGGAGAAAAUCUUAAACAGAGAGAAGAGACCAAUGGAGAGAAUCAAAUUGCCAGUUUUUCAAUUAUAGAUAUUUGUUUCCAUUUUAUUUUACAGCAAUAAUACUACAGGCUGUGCCAUUUUCUCAGCUAGCUGAAACAUUUAAUAUGGAUUUCGGAUACAUAAAAUAAUUAGCUUCAACUCUAUGUCCACUUAGUAUGUGUGAUAAAACCUCAUUUAAUUGGAACACAGGUAGUCAUAACUCUCAAACUAGACUUUUUUUUCCUCCUACCUGCUAUCAGGAGAAAGAGGCAAAUUUUAAUAAUGCUUAAAUAUUAAAUCCGAGAUUUAAUUUUAAAAGCAAAAAAGCCUUCCAGGACGUAUUGUAUAUCUAGUCCAGUUUCAUAGACUUUCUAAAUGUAGAACAGAAGUAAGCAAAACUUUUUAUGUAAAGGGACAGUUAGUCAAAAACUUAGGCUUUGCAGGUCACAUACUGUCUCUAUCAGACAUUCUUUUUUGUAUUUUUUUACAGUCCUUUAAAAAUGUAAAACCAUUCUUAUUACCUCAUGAGCCUCACAGAGAAUGGGUUGCUGGCCAUUAUCUUCCAACCUCCGCUCUAGAGAAUUACAAACAUUUAUAAUUUGUUUUCAGGUAUAUGAACCUGAGACACUGAAAGGCCUUAUUUACAUCAUCUUCAAACAACAACAAAACUUAAAAUUAUGAUUUACAUUUAAAUAUAUUUUCAAGUAAAAUUAGCAGUCAUGCUGCCUGAUUUACUCAGAUAGAUUUGAGUUUAUUUCUGUGAGUCACACCCAUUCUCCAAGCACUCCUACUAAUAAGUUUUAUUGUACCCUAUCUGGAUAUGAUUCUGUAUUUUUACGUUUUUUGGUUGUAAUCAUUAGCCAUGGAAGAAUAUGGCAAUGUCUGAGGGAGCAGUGAGCCAGGUCUAGAUGGCCUACCUCUUGGCUCAACCCUGUGACUUGGGGGUGGGGGUGGGGGGUAGGGGAUAUAAGUUGACCUCUGAACCUAAAUUCUUAUGUAAAUGAGGUCUAAGUUAUCUUCCUAACAACCUUCCAGGUCUAAAAUGCAUUACUCUAUAUGUAGUUAGGAUAAACAAGGAAACAUAACUUAGAACACAAUUACCUUUGGGAUUUGGGACUGGGGGUGGUAAGAGCUGCCGACCAAACAUCCAGAAACCUGAGUCCUCAUCCUCAUCCUAAUUUUGUUAUCAGCUUUGCUCUGUGGCAGUGAUAACAUCACAUCAUCUGUCUGGACCUCAGGCUCUUCACCUGUAAUCCACGGGUCUAAAUUUUAUGACUUUGUUUUUCCUUCCAAGCACAGAAAGUCUGCAAUUUUGUAAAAGGUACCUUUGUACUCUUCCUUUUGACAUGUUUUCCUCGUUGUACAUGGGGCACACAUCCUAGAAGUUGGUAUGAAUUAGCUCCCUUGAUUGACAUUUCCCUAUAAUAAUGAUUAAUUUGGGUGACAGAAAAUAAUGGAAAUUGUUAAAAAUUCUGUUCUCAAAUCUGGGUCCCCUGCAUGCCAGUAGUUAACCAUAUUUACUAAGCUAAGCCAUACCAUGAGGAACUCAAAGAUGGUAAUCCUCAGAGUUUAGACUUUGGAGAGCACAAUUUUGUAAAUAAUAGUUACUGAGUGUUUUUUUCUGAUGAUAGAUUUAUCUCAAAAUAUUUUUAAAAGAACAGAAACAUAAAAAUAUAUAAAUCCUAUUAUCUAGAAAACGACAGGUAACAUUUUAUCUUCUUGGACCAUGCAAUUUUUUUUUAAGAUUUUAUUUAUUCGACAGAGAGCGCAAAGUAGGCAGAGAGGCAGGCAGAGGCAAGAGGGAGAGGGAGAAGCAGGCUCCACACUGAGCAGGGAGCCUGAUGCGGGGCU